UGGCAGUUGCUCCUCCUGGCGGUGCUCUUCUGUCUGAGUAAUGUGGAAUCUAAGCCCAGCCAAGUAGAACGCAUUAUCAAUGGUGAAAAUGCAAGACCCAAACAAUUUCCUUAUCAAGCCUUUUAUCAUGCUGAACGGCAAAACGGCAUCGUUACGCUGUGCGGUGGAACUAUAAUCGGUAAGAGGACGAUUCUUACAGCAGCUCAUUGCUUGGAUGGGAGGUCUGGCGAAAUUGUAAGGUUAAAAAUUUACCUUGGAGCUGUGGAUAUAAGUAAUAGCGCAGAAAUUGGACAACAAAUUGUGAUCGUGGAAGCUGGAAGUUAUGUGAUUCAUGAAGAGUGGGAUCUGGACAAAUUCAGCAACGAUAUUGGUUUAAUAAAACUUCCACAGGAUCUGGAAUUCAACCAGUAUAUUCAACCAGCUAAAUUGCCAGAGCCCUAUAACCUUUAUGCUGACAAAACUGCUGUUGUCUCCGGUUGGGGCAAGGUUAAAGGUUGGGCAUCAACUGAGCAUUUGCAAUAUACAAAUGUGAAAACAUUAUCGAAUGAGGAAUGCAAGCGUAUUAUCCGUUUUAAUGGGAAGUUUCUUUCGCAUUGGCUUUGUGUCACGCCUAACGAGAAGAGGACAUGCAGAGGAGACUCUGGUGGUCCCUUAGCAGAAAGAAACCCUGAUGGCUCUAGCACUGUGAUUGGUCUCGUAUCAUUUAAAACAGUUACGUGCUCUGCUGAAGUCCCGACAAUUUUUACUCGGGUUUCAUAUUUCUUAAACUGGAUCGCUCAGCACACUAAUGAGCCAUAAAAAUUUUUAUAUAUAUAAUAUAUACAAAA